CGUUGCUUUACGACGCCUGGAGGACUGCGCCGGGUCGGCGUUCACGGCCUGGGACUUGCUAUAGCACGUGGGCCUCUGUAGUUCUUCUCGCUUGUCAGUCUUACCUGCGGGCGUGGAGCAGCCACCUGGACGAAUAGAGUGGCAGCGGAGGCCCAGCCUCGUGAGCUGAUGGAUUUUGCUGCUGAAAAUGAAGCCACGUCGGGAGGCGGUCUCCAGCGCGGAGCCGAGGGGGCGCGGCCGCCGCUCGAACCCGGCAUGGGGGAGGCGGGGAAGGGGCUGACAGGAAUGGAGAAGAUCGGGGAUGGAGAAGAAGGGGGUGCGCAGAGGGCAGAGGAAAUGCGGGUGUUUCCAACGGCCGUGAAGCUAGAAGAUACGACCUGGUCGGAAAUGGAAGAAGGUGUGCUGGGCGGCCGGUGGAUAAAGCAGGAGGCGGAGGACGGGCCUGAGGUGAAGGAGGAGAAACCGGACACCUGGGAGGUGAAGCAGGAGGCGGACGGCGGUGUGGUGGUGAAAGAGGAGAAGGUGGAUGGGCCAGAGAUCAAGGAGGAGAAAGUGAAGGUGAAGGAAGAGGUGAUGGACUGGCCAGAAGUGAAGGAAGAGAGGAAAGAUGACUUGGAGAUAAAACAGGAAGAGAUGGUGUUCGCUCAGAACAUAAAGGAAGAGACGAUGGAUGAGGUGUGUGUGAAAGAAGAAAAGUAUUUCCCGAAGGAAGAAGCGCCGGAUGACACGAAGGUGAAAGAAGAGGCGCAGAUACGGUGCCCCGCGGGCUCGAAGCGGAAACUGGCCAUGUCCAGAUGUGAAACUUGUGGUACAGAAGAAGCCAAGUACAGAUGUCCACGUUGUAUGCGGCAUUCUUGCAGUUUGCCCUGUGUAAAGAAACACAAAGCAGAACUGACAUGUAAUGGAGUUCGAGAUAAAACUGCCUAUGUUUCAUUACAACAGUUUACUGAAAUGGAUCUCCUAAGUGAUUAUCGAUUUUUGGAAGAUGUGGCAAGAACAGCAGACCAUAUUUCCAGAGAUGCUUUAUUGAAAAGAUCAUUAAGCAAUAAACAUAUGUGCUUUAUAAAAAAUCGUGCUCGAAGGCAAGGUAUUAACUUAAAACUUCUACCCAAUGGGUUCACCAAGAGGAAAGAAAAUUCAACAUUUUUCGAUAAGAAAAAACAACAGUUUUGUUGGCAUGUGAAGCUCCAGUUUCCUCAGAGUCAAGCUGUGUACAUAGAAAAAAGAGUACCCGAUGAUAAAACUAUUAAUGAAAUCUUAGCAACUUACAUUGACCCAGAAAAGUCUGAUCCUGUAAUUCGUCAAAGAUUGAAAGCCUACAUUCGCUCUCAGACUGGGGUCCAAAUUUUAAUGAAGGUCGAAAAUAUGCAGCAAAAUUUAGUAAGAUAUUAUGAACUGGAUCCUCACAAGAGUCUCCUUGACAAUUUGAGGAACAAAGUGAUCAUUGAGUACCCAACAUUACAUGUGGUAUUGAAAGAAUCCAGUAAAGACAUGAACAUUCUUCACGAAGGAAUGCACAUUGAAGUAAGGCUUCCUGUAACGAAGCAAAAAGAAAAGCUACUUUUGUAGUGCACUUGGAACCUUCUUAAGAAACAUUUGCUCCUUUUGGUGAAAAGUGAAUCUACCAAGAACAUUGGCAAUGAAAAUUGAGCACUUCUGGAGGAAGGAAAUAUCGAGGUUGCAGAGGACAAUGCAUUGAUUAACUACUGUUGGGUGAUUGGGUGUAUUGUCAGUGGGUUUGUGCGAUUUUUUGUUUUUCUGAAAAGUAAACAAUCUAAAAAAAUUAAAAAAAAAAAAAA